ACGGCGUAGUGAUUUCAUCUUCCCGCACGUGAUCUUCUCACAGCCGCUGAGCCGCGAGCGCUCAAAUGCCUGUUGCCAGGUUACCGUCCAGCACUGUGAAUCGCGGGUUCGCGCAUGGCAUGGAGAAGCGCCGCUAACUCGCGCCCGUCUCUGAAUAAUGAAUAACCGAUGCGUUCAGAGCCGACGCUACGCGAUGAAUAGGCGAGCGUGAUCGGAACAGAGUCCGCAGCGUUGUCGCUGGAUGCCGGGGGGAGCCAUGCAGCUCCAGUCCGCAGCGCAGUGCAAGGUGUCCGGCUUCAUACUGAAUGAAAGAUGCGCCCUGUCUUCAAAGAUGGAAGUCCACCGCGAGCAGAGUAUAUGUCAGGCGCGGGCCGCUGUCAUGGUGUAUGACGACGCCAACAAGAAAUGGGUUCCGGCCGGUGGAUCCACAGGCUUCAGUAGAGUCCACAUCUAUCACCACACGGGCAAUAACGCCUUCAGAGUAGUGGGCCGUAAGAUUCAGGACCACCAGGUGGUAAUAAACUGUGCCAUUCCCAAGGGGCUGAAAUACAACCAGGCCACACAAACCUUUCACCAGUGGCGAGAUGCACGGCAGGUCUACGGUCUUAACUUCGGCAGCAAAGAGGAUGCCAAUGUAUUUGCCAGUGCCAUGAUGCAUGCCCUGGAGGUGCUGAACUCUCAGGAUGCAGGCCCCCCGAUGCCAAGACAGACCCCUCAGGUGCAGAAUGGCCCAACACCAGAAGAACUGGAAAUGCAGAGAAGACAGCUGCAAGAGCUCCAGCGUCAGAAGGAGCAGGAGCGGGAACGUCUUGAGCGCGAGCGUCAGGAGCGGGAACGUCUGGAGAGAGAGAUGCUGGAGCGGGAACGCAUCGAGAGAGAACGCCAGGAACGGGAGCGUCAGGAGAGGGAGCGGCUGGAGAGGGAACGAGCUGAGCAGGAACGUCUGGAGCGGGAACGUCAGGAGCAGCUGGAGCGGGAACGGCAAGAACGCCUCGAACGAGAGCGCGCCGAGCGCGAGAUGAUGGAGAGAGAGCGUGCUGAGAGAGAAAAGCAGGAGCAGCUGGACAGAGAGCAGAUGGACUGGGAAAGAGGGAGACGCAUCUCCAACGCUGCAUUUGAAAGCACCCUCCACACAUCCCAGACCACCUCCUCGUCACCUGGGUCUCCCUCCACACCCAACUACCCUCCACCAACGCAGUCGCCCUCCACGGCCACUCCUCCUACUCCUCCCAUGCGUCACUCGGCUUCCAGAUUCGCCACUUCGCUAGGCUCCGCCUUCCACCCGGUCCUGCCACAUUACGCCACAGUCCCUCGCAGGCAACCGGCCGCACCCACGCCGCUGGCCCCUGCCCCGGGCCCUCCUCCUCCAGCUCCCCCUUGCAAAUCUGUGGUCUGGACGGCCAGUAAUUUCACUCCCCUACCGCCUUCUCCUCCGGUCAUGAUCAGCAGUCCACCCGGCAAGGCCACGGGUCCUCGCCCGGUCAUCGCAAUUCCGGCCCCGCUCUCCCAGAAACCCCCCUCGCCCAUUACGGCACCCAAUGGACCCCCUUCAUCACUUCACUUCCACGCCUCACCUCCAGUCUCGGGUCAGUCUUUCUCUUCACCGCCAAUGCCACCCCCUCCACCCCCCCUAUAUUCGUCAUCACCCACCAUGCCCAUUGCUCCCCUUGUGUCCUGUCCCUCACCCCAGCCUGCUGUUUUCCCUUCUACUUCCACAGCCUUCCCUGCCUCUGCUGAGCACUCUGUAAACUCUGGGUUGGGAGACUCCUGCUUUUCCGCUCCAGAGCUGCCUGCUGAUAUCCCCAGCCAGCCGGAUUCUGUACAAGGGACCCCCACCCCUCCACCUCCCCCACCCCUUCCUCCCGGCUCCACUGUGACCCCCACCACUGCCGGACCACCGCCACCCCCUGGCCCUCCUCCUCCUCCCCCGCCACCACUGCCCCCCACGCUUACCCCAACAGGACCUCCACCACCCCCUGGCCCACCACCUCCACCCUCAGGCCAGGCACCGCCACCAGCACCACCUCCUCCUCCUGCCCCACCCUUGCCAUCGGGUUUCCUUACCCCCUCACCCACCACAGACGAGAGCAAGGGUCUGUCUGGGCUCGCAGCCGCCCUUGCUGGAGCCAAGCUACGGAAAGUGCCAAGGACCGAUGAGCCUCCAACUCCACCUGUUGCAAGUUCUGGUGGUGCCAAGCCCGAGGCAGCCCGUGGAAAUGGCCCUUUACCUGGAGGAGGAGGUUUAAUGGAGGAGAUGAGCGCCCUGCUGGCCAGGAGGAGAAGAAUUGCUGAGAAGGGAUCAUCACCAGAGCCUGAGCAGAAAUCAGAUGAAAUUGAGGCAACCAUAACUCCAAAAGUCUCAGCCUGUAGCACACCAGACAUGCCCAGAAAGCCUUGGGAUAGAACAAACACGGUGAACGGUAGCAAAUCACCUGUCAUCGGAAGACGGGACGCACCAUGGAGAAAUCAGAUGAGUACUGAAAAGUACUGUGAUUCCUUAAACAGACCAAGGUCUACACCAACUCCUACUGGAUCCAUAAGUGCCAAUGGGGUGCCAACAGAAGCUUUAGACUAUGACAGAUUGAAACAGGACAUUCUAGAGGAGAUGAGAAAGGAAUUAUCAAAGCUGAAAGAAGAGCUUAUUGAUGCAAUCAGGGAGGAGUUGGGCAAGUCAAGCUCUGCAUAGGACGAUGAGACGCAUCUGUAUUUUUACCCACGAGAUCAGCUUCGGUUUAAGACACUAUCUAAAAAGCAAUGAAAACGGACAUUUACAGUUUUAACCAGUGGUGAUCACAAUAACCAUGUUAAUUCGAAAGAUCUGUUGAGGGUGAUACCAGACAGACACAAUUUUGAGCGUGGGGUCAAGGGGGAAGAUCGGCGAGCGGAAGCCGAGAUGCCUCAAAGCAACGGCGUACCCCCAAAGCCUCGUUUUGGGGGUCAGGACACAGUCUUAAGGAAGUGACUGUCAAUAUGCAAUGGAUGACUCUUACUGUGGAAUGAACCUAGAAGAUGGAAAAAUACACAAACUAUUACCAAACUACAUACUGUAUUAACCAUCGAAGAGUGAAAUUGUAAAUCAAGCAGAUGACAUUCAUUCUAUGGCACAUUGUUUAGCAAAGGGCAGGCUUUGUAGUUUCUGAAUUUUUUUAAAAGGUGGUGGUUAUGAAGAAAUGUUAAUUCAGUUGGCCUUUGUAUAAGAGUUGAAUUUUGAUCUCUGGCCAACCAAAUGAGUAUGGUCUAUUGCUGCAGGACUCUAAAGCUUGUCUUCCUAAUACUAUUUUAACCACAAUAUGUACAUUAAAAUGAAUAAACAUUAUACCUUCAUUCAAUCAAUCUGUACAUCAAGAUCACAUCAGGUAGCUUAUUCGCUCUUCUGGUCGAUUGUCAUUAUAAUUCAGACUGAAUGCUCUGGUGAGCCACUGUUAGACGUAUACCUUUUUUUUUGUCUUUUGUGUUCACUAACUGUUUGGGAAGAUAACAAGGGACAAUGCCUUUGUACUGUACAUCUUGGUAGCUCGUACCAAAAUCCUCCGUCAAGGUUGACGCCAUCGUCGACGCCAUCGUCGACUGGACCGUAUCUGUAGAUAGCGCUAACCAGAAACAUUACCAACUUUUUACUCACCGUAUGCUCUUUCGUAUUCUAAGGGAACGCUAAGGGAAAACGGUUGCCACGAAAAAGUUUUUAGUUCGUAAGCAAUAAGUGUAGCAUUGUUACAUAUUUUCCCACUACGUUUUUUUUUUUCUUUGAAACAUCCACUCUGCCCUCAAACUGUAGAUGAGGUUCUCCAUACAACCCUCGUAGUGCAUUGCGUAGAAUGAGACACCUCUUUAUAGCCAUAAUUAAAUUUGCAGGGGUAUGACAUUUCACAUACUUUAUUUUAGGAUUUGGUGAUGCAAAACAUCAUGUAUGGGAUCUCAUUCUGCUUUGCACCAGUAUGCAGCAACUAAACAAAUAAGAAGUAUUUAAUGAGGGCCAAGCAGCACAUUACAGAGAGGUUUGUGGCGUUAUAAAUGGUUUGGGGAUUUUUUGUCCAUUCAUCUAUUGUUUAUUUUCGCAUUGACCUUAUUCUGCACACUGGAAGGCUUUCUGCUGUUUGUAUCCGACAUAUGCUUCUGUUAGGGCAUUUUUUUAUGGGGAAUGUGCUUUUUAAGAUCGAAAUCUUUGUACAAACGUGAGAAGUGUGAUUUUAGGCUGUGAAUUUUAAGGAGAAAAUUUGAAAACGUGGUUUGGAUCUCUCCCCACCCCAUGCCAUGGUUGGAUCUGCUCACUUAUCAAUCCUAUCAUACUUUUUAUGCAGUUCAAAACGGUUUUACUCUUUUGCCAUGACUCGAACUAUCUCUCAAGGAAUCAGAAAGUUUGUAUGGAGUGUUUACAGCAUUGAUUGCACUUUAAAAACCCAUAGACGUUCAAAUUAUUAUAAUGCUGACGAGACAGCCGUCACUUUGUGAAUAUCACCAAAGCUAAACAGUAAGGUAAUCUAAUAGAACAUCACACUUUCCUGAUCCACCUUUUGUUUUGACAACAAGCGACUUUUGUUGGUCCUUAGGUUAAGCUGGCGAAAUGUUUUGAUCAGGGUUAAUUCAUUCCUGGAUAAACCUGUUUGUGAUUCUCAUGGUUUGUGCCUUGUUCGGAAGUUGCAUUUGAUAUGUCAAAUUUUAAAGCGUAUAUAUAUAGAGAGUAUUCAUUUAGGGCCUGCCAUAACUUUUGAUUGUUUUGCAUUUUCAGUGAGUUACAAAGCUUUUAUGAUCUUUGUUUAAAACGAAACAUGCAUUCUCAUUCUUCUGCAUCAUUUUCCGUUGCAAUUUCGGUGUGGUUUUUGUUAUGGUUAAGACCAUGUAUGCUGGUGAGAUCGGAGAAACUGAUCUUUGUCGUGGUGAGAAUCGGUUGAAUAAUGUUGUCAACAUGUUGGGACAGUGCUGGUCAUAUUCAACUGGAUGUCCUUUAAAAUACAAUUUUCAGUUUCUUUAUCUUUCUAUUUUAUCAUUCACGUUGUACCAUACUGUUUUCAUGUUAAUUAGAAGUUUCUUACAUGCUAACAUUGUUUUGUUUGAGCAAAUUAAAUAAAAAUUGCAAUACA